AUGUCAUUGUUUUUUAAAUCAUCUUUGGAUAUCGACAUAAGAUUAGAUAAUGAAGAAUCAAGAAAACAUGUUGAAAUUAAAUCACCUCAAGGUAGAAUUGAAAAACUACCUAUUUAUAAAGAUGGUGAAAGUGUUAAAGGUACUGUUAUACUAAGAACAAGAGAAGGUAAAAAAGUUGAACAUUUGGGUGUUAAAGUUCAAUUAUUAGGUUUAAUUGAAACAAAUAUUGAUGGUAUAAUAACUUCAGAAUUUUUAUCAUUGGCAACUGAAUUAGCUUCUCCAUCUCAAUUAAUUCAUCCUGAAACUUAUCCAUUUGAAUUUAAAAAUGUUGAAAAGCAAUAUGAAAGUUAUCGUGGUAAAAAUGCUUUAUUGAAAUAUUCAAUUAAGGUAACAGUAACCAAAAAAUCAUCAUCAGAAAUAACAAAAGAAAAAGAAUUGUGGGUAUAUACAUAUCCUAUGGAUACAUUAUCAUCAACAAGUACAACUUUAAAUUUGAAACAGCAGGAAGUUUCAAAAGAUUCAAAGCAAGAAAAGGCGAAAACGAGUGGUGCCUUGGGAAAUUCUAAUGAAGCAGACCACGUAGCCAACAAAUCAAGCACAAAUAAAAAUUUACAUGGUGUGAAGAUGGAUGUUGGAAUUGAAGAUUGUUUACACAUUGAAUUUGAAUAUUCAAAAUCAAGAUUUUCUUUAAAAGAUGUAAUAAUAGGGAAAAUUUAUUUCUUAUUAGUUAGAUUAAAGAUUAAACACAUGGAAUUGUCAUUAAUACGAAGAGAGACUGUUGGAGCUCCUCCUAAUCAAGUUACAGAUAGUGAAACUGUUGUAAGGUUUGAAAUUAUGGAUGGUGCACCAAUAAAAGGAGAAACAAUACCGAUUAGAUUAUUUUUAAGUGGAUUUGAUUUAAUGCCAACUUAUAAAGAUAUAAAUAAGAAAUUUUCAACUAGAACUUAUUUAUCAUUAGUUUUAAUUGAUGAAGAUGCAAGAAGAUAUUUUAAACAAAGUGAAAUAAUACUUUAUAGAGAUCAAUGA